UGGAAGUUUUAAUGCCCAAAGAUGGUCCUUCGACAAGCCCUUUGCUAAAGCUUCUAUGGAUUGCACCUUUAGAAAGGAAAUCAGCAUUUAGGACAAUUUUACCAACCAAGGAAAAAUGGCACAUUUCGAUGUCUCGUAGGAAAGGAAAUCCGAUCUAUGAAAAAAUUCCCUAAAGAAAAGUGUCGAUUUGACUUUUUAGGAGUAAGUAAAAAAGGUCCCUCGAAUGGAAUAAUAGCUUUUCCGGAGGAAGUUACUUAUUAUAUUAUAAUAGUUGAUAGUUGAUGUAAGAGAAGAAGUUCUUGGUUUGGUUGAAUUCAAUCAAAAAAAGUACCAUUUUCAAUUGAAUCCUGAAUCCCUUAUUCUAUAAAUUUACUAAGAGAAGAAAUCACGUAAGUGAUAGAAAGAAUCGUUCAGUAGGCUAAUCUUGAAAGGUUUCCAUUUUCGAUUGAGAAAGCGGCAGGCCCAAAGAGCUCUCCAAUAAGUGCACCGAAAGGGGCCGGAGAGACGGUCAACCUGAGAUCGGCUAAGAUCGAAAAGCACUUGGUUUACAGCCAAGCAACGACAAAGAAAAAAGAGUCCCAUGUCUUUCUUGAUUGGUAAACCCAACCAGCGAUUUACAACAAACAAGUCUUUCCUCUUGUUGGGGGGAGCAGUUAAAAAAUGAACCAAAGCAAAUGAAAUUAGAAUGGCUAUUCCUCACGAUUGCUCCUUGUGAUGCAGCGGAACCAUGGCAAUUAGGAUUUCAAGACGCAGCAACACCUAUGAUGCAAGGAAUAAUAGACUUACAUCACGAUAUCUUUUUCUUCCUCAUUCUUAUUUUGGUUUUCGUAUCACGGAUCUUGGUUCGCGCUUUAUGGCAUUUCCACUAUAAAAAAAAUCCAAUCCCGCAAAGGAUUGUUCAUGGAACUACUAUCGAGAUUCUUCGGACCAUAUUUCCUAGUAUCAUCCCGAUGUUCAUUGCUAUACCAUCAUUUGCUCUGUUAUACUCAAUGGACGAGGUAGUAGUAGAUCCAGCCAUGACUAUCAAAGCUAUUGGACAUCAAUGGUAUCGGACUUAUGAGUAUUCAGACUAUAACAGUUCCGAUGAACAGUCACUCACUUUUGACAGUUAUACGAUUCCAGAAGAUGAUCUAGAAUUGGGUCAAUCACGUUUAUUAGAAGUGGACAAUAGAGUGGUUGUACCAGCCAAAACUCAUCUACGUAUUAUUGUAACACCUGCUGAUGUACCUCAUAGUUGGGCUGUACCUUCCUUAGGUGUCAAAUGUGAUGCUGUACCUGGUCGUUUAAAUCAGAUCUCUAUUUCGGUACAACGAGAAGGGGUUUACUAUGGUCAGUGCAGUGAGAUUUGUGGAACUAAUCAUGCCUUUACGCCUAUCGUCGUAGAAGCUGUUCCUAGUAAAGAUUAUGGUUCUCGGGUAUCCAAUCAAUUAAUCCCACAAACAGGGGAAGCUUAAGCGGAAAUGAAAGAGUAGGGUGAGGGAUAAGGGGGGAAGCCACUAAAUGGAAGGCUUCGCUCGCUCUAACGCUCGUUUAGUAGACAGCGAGUGGAGUGCAUAAGCCCCUUUAGAGAGAGAUAGGGGCGAGUACUACACGAGCUCGUAAGUCAAGUACGGAACGAGCGAAGGAGAGCGACCUCAUCUUGCUUCUGGCGAAGCUUCUAGAAGGCCCACCACUUCAUAGGAGCGCUAGCGAAGCCGUAUAAAGGCAAACAGCUCGUAUAGCUCGCAAUAGCGAGCCUACUUAUCGCUUUUUU